AUGAAAAAAGAAGCAGAUAUUCACGCGUCGCUCCUCCCGGAGCUCAGGCCACCACUAGAGAGUAAGAGCACAGACACCGAUGGCGGCGCUUCGGUCUCCGGCGCGGUGUUCAACGUGUCGACAAGUAUUAUUGGAGCCGGAAUUAUGUCGAUUCCGGCUACUUUCAAGGUCUUAGGUGUCGUUCCGGCCCUUGCAAUGAUGGUGAUCAUCGCUAUCCUCUCCGACGUUUCAGUUAAUUUCCUCCUGAAGUAUACAAAUGCCGGCAAUUCGACGACAUACGCCGGAGUCAUGAGAGAGGCGUUUGGGAGAAUUGGAUCACUAGCGUUGCAGAUUUGUGUGAUGCUCACUAACCUGGGUGCGUUGAUCAUUUUUCUCAUCAUAAUCGGUGAUGUGUUGUCGGGGAGCCAAUCCGAAGGAUCAAUACACUUGGGUGUUUUGCAAGAAUGGUUUGGUUUCCAUUGGUGGAACACCCGUGCUUUCGCACUCCUCUUUACUACACUCUUUGUGUUUCUUCCUCUUGUCUUGCUGCGUCAUGUAGAGUCGCUACGGUUUACUUCAGCCAUAUCAGUUCUUCUUGCUAUUGUAUUUGUUGGAAUUAGUUCGGUGAUGGCUAUACUUGCCCUUUGCGAAGGGAAGACACAGAGCCCGAGACUGCUACCGGAUCUGGCCCACCAAGCAUCUUUCUUUGACCUUUUCACUGCUGCUCCUGUCAUUGUGACGGCUUUCACCUUCCACUUCAAUGUUCAUCCAAUUGCAGUCGAGCUUCAAAACCCUUCCAAGAUGGUUUCAGCAGCUCGAAUAUCAAUAGUACUAUGCGCUACAAUUUAUUUGACUGUAGGGUUCUUUGGGUACCUACUGUUUGGGGACUCCACCAUGCCAGACAUACUUAGUAAUUUUGACAGAAAUUCUGAUUCUCCAAUAGGUUCGAUACUUAACGACACGGUUCGGUUAAGUUAUGCACUCCAUCUCAUGUUAGUUUUUCCUCUAGUGAACUUCUCUCUUAGGGCCAAUAUCCAUGAACUACUCUUCACCAAAUCACCUCAAUCGACUUCAGCAGACACCACAAGAUUUGUCUUCCUCACCAGUUUUCUUCUAGUUUUCAUUUACAUUGCAGCAAUAGCCCUCCCAAAUAUAUGGUAUUUUUUUCAGUUCAUGGGCUCAACAUCAGCUGUCAGUCUUGCACUUAUUUUCCCAGGCGCCAUUGUCCUAAGAGAUGUUCAUGGGAUAUCCACAAGAAGAGAAACGAUAUUGGCAGCGCUAAUGAUAAUCUUAGCAUUAAUUACAAGCUCUAUUGCUAUUUCCUCCAAUAUAAUUAGUUUAACUAGAAAAUUAUAAUUACCUUUUUUUUUUUACUUGGGUCGAUGUAUUUACCAUACGUAUGGUCUUCUCAAAGUUUUGUAUUGUAUAGAAAUUUCUAUAGCCUACACCGUCAAGUGGAAAUUGUGCC